AAGGUCGGGGAGAUAGCCUUUGCAACAGCCUCCCCUCUGCUUCCUCUUAUCUAUUCUUAGGUGAUUGUGGUCCACUUCUUUUAUUACAAGAACUCGUACAGAACCCGUUAAUGCUCAUCAAGUGGGGCCGUUGUAAAGGCCGCCGCUAGUGCACAUCACGUCAACAAACGAGACCCAGACCCAAUCACCACCGCCAUGGCCGCGGACUCGAGCCUCACCUUCCAGCGGAUUUUCACGAGGGUUCAGGCCACGCUGCCGCAGUGCAUCGAGGGCGUGGACUCCCUGCCCGUCACCUCCAUCUUCUCCACCAGGAUCAGUGAGACAACCAAGCACUGCAUUGAGGCUGCCAUCCGAAGCUACGUGACGAGGAAGGUGAUCGACGGAGACAAGACCGAUCUGACCACCAUCACCGCCAUCACCACAAUUUGCAUUGAUCUUGUGAGGCAUGAGCUGAGUCUACCAACCUUGCCAGUGCUGGUGCUAAGCGAUGCCUUCGACACCCUCACCAUCAGCCAGGGGGAACAGCUCUUUGCCUUCGUUGAGAGCCACGUUGGCGUCUGGAAGGAGGACACGUUCUUCGCCCCGUGCAAGACCAGCGUGCUGCGGAUGUGCAAUGACUUGCUACGACGCCUCUCGCGCUCCCAAAACACCGUCUUCUGUGGCCGCAUCCUGCUCUUCCUAGCACGGUUCUUUCCCUUCUCGGAGCGUUCGGGGCUCAACCUCGUCUCUGAGUUCAACCUUGAGAAUGUGACGACCUUCACAAAUGUAGAGGCGUCGGAAAUGGAGGAUGAUGAGGAGGAGGAUAAGGGGGGCACCACACCACGCCUGGACUACACUCUGUACACCAAGUUCUGGUCGCUGCAGGACUUCUUCAGGAACCCCGCACAGUGUUUCCAGAAGGCACCAUGGAAGGUCUUCACUCUGUACUGUGGUGACGUGCUGGAGGCCUUCAAGAGCUUCAAGUUGGAUCACCUUCAAGGUAGCAGUGGCGGGGCGGGAGCCAGACUCUCUCGUUCCCUUUCUGAGCCUGCGCCGGAUCAGGAGGCAGCGGCAGGAGAUUCAAUAGCCUCUGAACACCAGGUUGACCAGUACUUCGCCAAAUACCUCACCAACCAGAAGCUUCUCGACCUCCAGUUCUCAGACACCAACUUCCGGCGCUAUGUCCUACUGCAGGUGCUGAUCCUGGCCCAGUACCUCACCUCCAACAUCAAGUUCAAGCAGGAGACGCUGACAGAGGACCAGCUGGCGUGGGUGAGGAAGACUGAGAAGCUUGUUUACUCGCUGCUGGAGGAGACGCCGCCGGACGGACCCAAGUUUGUCUCCACCGUCAAGCAUAUUUUAAAGAGGGAGGAGAUGUGGAGCAACUGGAAGAACGAUGGUUGUCCUGAAUUCAAGAAACCCGAGAGUGGGAAAAACAGCGUCGGUGGAGCAGGCAACAGUACCGGGAAGCAGAACGGCAAGAGUGAGGAGGGGGCAUUACAGGUGGGGAAGGAGGACGGGGAGACGCAGCAUUCCCCAAGGAAGGUGCGUCAGAAGAGGAAGGUGGGUGACCUGAUCAAAGAAGCAGACUCCAGGGGGAAGUUCACCAUGGGCAAUGCGGAGAUGACGAGGCUGUGGAACCUUCACCCCAACAACCUGGAGGCGUGCAAGAUCAGUGAGCGUGACUUCGUUCCUGCCCUCGAGACGUACUUCACGCCAGCCAUCGAGCAGCUGAGCCCCAAGGCGGACCUGAAGGAGGAAAAGAAGUUGGUGAACGACAGCAACUUUGGGUGGCGGGCGCUGCGUCUCCUGGCCUGCCGCUCACCACACUUCUUCACCAACUCGGCUAGUCCCAUCGCAAAGCUGCCUGAGUACCUCAACACCAUGAUCAAGAAGCUGGCCAAGGAGUUACCGUCCCAGUUGGUGGCAGACAUCAGGGUAGAGGAGGAGGAAGAAAAGGAGGAGGAGAAGGUGAUCCCAGUGCUGGAGCAAGGCGAGGGGGUUAAGGAGGAGGAGGAUAUGGAGGAGGAGACGGGGGAUGUGGAGGAGCGGCCAGAGGUAUGCGCUAUCACCGAGGAUGAGCAGCUAGCCCUUGCCAGGCACCUCGACACUCUGGGGGGAGACAAGUGGAAGGUGUUGGCCAAAAAACUCGGGUUUCAAACUGAUGAGAUUGAGUUCAUUGAAAAGGAUAAAUCCGAAAGUAUCACUGAGCAGGCAGCCUUCAUGUUCAAGCUCUGGGUGGAUGGGGAGGGGGAUGAGGCCAACAAGGAAUCGCUGCUGUACACGCUGGAGGGGCUCGAGAUGCAGGAGGUGGGCCAGGGAGUCUUCACGUGAGGGAUGCACUCUGCAUUUCACUCUGUGCUGGGUUAUGGAUAUUCACAAGAGAAGGGGCUGGUUCAAGAGGCGGUCCAGUGAGGAGGUGCCCUGAGUAGCAGACUCCGUGUUGGUGCAAGACAAGGUUCUCAUUUCUUGUCGGUCACCGCACUGCCACAUAGUUGGUCAUUUUUCUACGAAUAUUUAUCACUUAGAAAUUCAGUAAUGAUGUACAAAUUUAUAGAGCAUUUUACUCAUUUUUUUCACAAUUGCAUAAAAAACAGCUUGCAGGCUGAAGGAGGACAAAGUCAUUAAAUUAUUUAAUUUCUCUUAGUUUAAAAAAAAAAUCUUUGUAAAUGACUUCUGGAUAAUAAAGGUCACUUUCUUA